UUGCUUUGUGUUUGCCAAGAUGGCGUUGAGUAAAACAUUCGGUCAAAAGCCGAUAAAAUUUCAGCUUGAAGAGGAUGGAGAUUUUUAUAUGAUCGGCUCAGAGGUUGGAAACUACCUGCGUAUGUUCAGAGGCUCCCUGUACAAGAGGUAUCCAUCACUGUGGCGAAGGCUCGCAUCUGUUGAAGAGAGGAAAAAGAUAGUAGCUUCGUCACACGAUCAUGGUUACACAACUUUAGCCACCAGUGUGACCCUGCUGAAAGCGUCUGAGUGUGAAGAGAUCUUCGAGGGGAAUGAUGAGAAAUAUAAAGCGGUGUCCAUCAGCACGGAACCUCCAGCCUAUCUCAGGGAGCAGAAAGCAAAGAGGAACACUCAGUGGGUGCCGACCCUUCCCAACAGUUCGCACCACUUGGAUGCUGUUCCUUGUUCCACCUCGAUUAACCGAAACCGUAUGGGACGAGACAAGAAGAGGACUUUUCCCCUGUGUUUUGAUGACCAUGACCCAGCAGUGAUCCAUGAGAACGCCUCUCAGGCAGAAGUUCUUGUUCCGAUUCGACUGGACAUGGAGAUAGAUGGCCAAAAGCUCAGAGACGCCUUUACCUGGAACAUGAAUGAGAAGCUGAUCACCCCUGAGAUGUUUGCAGAGAUCCUUUGUGAUGAUCUGGACCUGAACCCCUUGACCUUCGUCCCAGCCAUCGCCUCAGCCAUCCGGCAGCAAAUAGAGUCCUACCCCACAGACAGCAUACUGGACGAGCAGACUGAUCAGAGAGUCAUCAUCAAGCUGAACAUCCAUGUGGGGAACAUUUCCCUGGUGGACCAGUUUGAGUGGGACAUGUCUGAGAAGGAGAAUUCUCCAGAGACGUUUGCUCUGAAGCUGUGCUCUGAGCUGGGCCUUGGAGGAGAGUUUGUCACCACCAUCGCCUACAGCAUCCGCGGCCAGCUGAGCUGGCAUCAGAGGACGUACGCCUUCAGGUCUGAUUUCAGUGAAAACCCCUUGCCAACGGUAGAGAUUGCAAUCCGGAACACGGGUGAUGCUGACCAGUGGUGCCCCCUGCUGGAGACCCUGACAGAUGCUGAGAUGGAGAAGAAGAUCAGAGAUCAGGAUAGGAACACAAGGCGCAUGCGACGACUUGCCAACACCGCCCCCGCCUGGUAGAGAGAGGAGGUUAGGAUGCCACCACUCGAUAAGCUUAAGGCCUCCUAUCGGCAUCAGACCCCCCUGGAGCUGUCUGUUGCUGUUUAAAACACAGCUCUGGGUUACAUUCCUCCAGUCUUCUGACCUCCUUCACAGCCCCAGCACCACAUUACACACACAUUCAAGGCAUAGACGCUGUGCCUCCAAAUUGACUUUGCAUCGGUUGGACGUGUCAGGGCUACUUUGGGGCUACUUUCACUGAUCAUGAAUGAGAUGUAAAUGAAUCGCUCACUGUAACUGUUACUCUGAUCUGACUGUAGAGAGACGCUUGUCUAGAUAUGAUCGUGACCACUGGGACGUAGUUACGCACCUUUGCAGAAGAGGGGAUGUUUAUUAAUUAAUUGUGCUUUUCUUUUGUCAAAAGGUGCUGAGGCAUACUAUGUACCGGACUUGCAUUUUUUUAAAGAAAAUAAACGUCCUAAUAAACUGAUGCUGUUUCUUUUGA